AUGGCAGCAGCAGGAGGCGCGUCGAGUAUUAUUACUCAGGUGCAACAGACAGGCGGUCCUCCAAUAAAUACACUCGGUGAUGUUGGCGGGGACGAACAUAUCACACUCGAUCUCCGGGGAACCCGGUUUACGCUUUCGCGUGACGAACUACUGACUCUACCAGAGUUUGUCCUUCUAUCACUAUUCCCAAAUGGUUUACUUCCGGAUGGACAUAUGAAUGGCUUCCAUGAAAGCGAUGUUUAUCCUGUUGAUUAUGACCCAGCGUCUCUCCAGUACAUGUUGGACUUCUUCCGUUCCGUUGCGCAGUCUAUACCGUCUUCACCGUCUGCCUCUCCAGAUCUUGAUGUGGCCCCCGAUUUUAUGCAAGGCUCCACGCGAGACAUGCUUCAAGAUCGUGCCGGCAUAAUCGUCUUACGCGAAGAUUUAGACUUUUAUGCAAUCCCUCCACGGCCAGACAUUGACCACGCUGAGAUGAUGGAUGUUAAACGAUGCGCUGCGAAGGCGCUUCUACAACAAGAUGGGAUAUUUUCGGGGCUGAGAAAAAGCGACGAGCCGGGUUCUACGGAGCAACAUCUCAUUGAGAUGCUCACUGCAGGUGGGUUUGACCGUGAAGACCAUUGGGGUCACCGUGCCCCGGAGCCGAACAAAGCAGUAAUUUGCAGCCUUGCGUUGGCUAAGCUCCGAACCGAUAUCAGAGGUGAUCUAGCCAGCAAUAAUGUCGGAAUGGCCCAAAAGCUUCUUUUGUUUUGGCGGAAACCAGCGCGACGAUGUUGGUGGGAGGGCGUUGAGUUGGACAAUGUCGACGGAGUUGAAGGCAAAAUCAAAAUUUGGAUCCGCAGGGUCUGGACCCUCGAGAUGAGCGUAAUUGGACUCCGAUAG